AUGCCGAAGAAGCCGAAAAGCGUGUACGCCCUCUUCAGGGAUGAUAUCAAGGACGAGGUGCCCGCUGGGAAAGGAGAGGGAAAGGGGAUGAACUUCGUCAAGACCAAGUUUGCUGAAAUCGAUGAAACCGCGAAGAAAAAGUACAUGGAGCAGGAGGCAGACUUGAAGCAAAAGUACAACGAAGAAGUCAAAACUUACAAAGAGGGCGAGCAGUACAAGGAGUUUGAGAAGACGACGGGCAAGAUCAAGAGGGAAAUGAUGACAGAAGCCAUGAAGGUCAUGACUUUGAAGUUCCUGCGUGACGCACCUCCGGAGCCGCCAAAGAAUCCCUUUGCCAUCUUCGUCGGCGAGAAGAGGCGUAUGUCUGAAGAAUCCAACGGAGCGCCUCCAAAGAAGAGGACGCGUGAAGAAGCCAAAGCGGAGGUGGCAAAACUCAAGGAGGAAUGGGCCAAGCUUGACAAGGAAGCAAAAAACGUUUAUGAUGAAAAGAGAAAGGACCGCUUCAACGAAUGGAAAGAGCAGGUCAAGGCAUACAUGGAGAAGCAGGAAUGGAAGGACUACAUCGAGGAGGCGAAGAUGCUGAAGGUCCCCGUGAAGAGUUUUUUGCCGAACAAGAAGCUGGCGCUGCCUGGCCAGUUUUCACUUCACGAGAUUAAAAAGCUGAAAAACGGCAUGAAGAUUCAACGACCGCCCGAGAAGCCCUACAACUUCCCAGCCAAGCCACCAACCGCACAGAGAAUUUUCUGCUCUGAGAAAAGGAAAGAAGUGGAGGACCCAUCAAAGUUGCUGGAGAUGUGGGGAGCUUUGUCGGAGGAGGAGCGCAAAGUCUACGAGGGAAAACAGCAAGACUUGGCCGCCCAGUAUCGCGAGGACGUUCAGGCUUUUGAAGGCAGUGACGAGGGCAAGGAGUACUUCAAAAGGCUCGCGCAGGUCCGGAAAAGCAAUGCGAUUGCUCAGGCGAAAGACAAGUACUUGGAGGGUAUGCCGAAGAAGCCGAAAGGUGCAAUUCAGCUCUUUCUCCAGGAGAAGCUGAAAGACCUGAAGAAGGCCAAGCCUGAUCUAAAGGGUCCAGAUCUCAAGAACGAAGUUCGCGAGGCAUGGAAAUCUUGCCCAGAGGAGGAAAGAAAGGUUUAUCAGGACAAGGCCGACAACCUCAUGAGUGCAUACGAGGAAUCGUUGAAAGAGUUCAGGGAGACCGAGAACUUCAAGAAGUAUGCAUCGCAAGUCCGGAAGCUCUCCAAGAAGAAACCCGGCGGAGGCAAGGGCAAGGGCAAGGGAAAGCGUUCUGGCAAGUCAAGCAGCGGCAGGGGAAAGGGCAAAGGCAAAGGAGCGAAAAAGAAUCAGAGGGGCCCUGAAGUUCCAGAGAGCAUGCCGAAAAAGCCGAAGUCCGCGAUGCAGCUCUUCAUGAGCAAGAACAAAGGUAGCGGGGGUUUGAAGGCCCAAGCGGAAGCCUGGUCUGCGCUUGGCGCUGAGGGCCAGAAGGAGUACGUAGACGAGGCCAGAUCGCUGUCCGAGCAGACGCUCGGUCGCGACAUGCUGGAAUUUCGAAAAACAGGUGAAGGCAAAAAGUAUCUCAGACUCAAGGCAGCCGCAGCAAAGAAAGCGCGUGUGGACAGUGCUCGAGCAAAGUAUUUGGGCAAGGAGGAUGCCCCCAAGCCUCCUCCAAGUGCUCCUGGUGCUUAUCAGCUCUUCGUCCAGGAAAAGAGGCCCACGCUGCAAUCUGCCGGCAAGUCCGUCGGAGAAGUCGCCAAAGAGAUGUCCCAGAUGUGGGGAAAAUACUCCGAAGAAGAUCGGAAGCCUUACGAACAGCGUGAGGCCGAGCUCAAGGCAGAAUACGAGGACAAAAUGAAGGAGUACAAACAGUCCGAAGCAUACAUCAAGUUUGAGAAGGCCAAGAAUGCUAUCUUCAAGAAGCCCAAGGCCAAAAAGGAGGCAAAGAAAGCCAAGAAGCCCAAGAAGGCCAAGCAGACAAAGCCGAAGGCCAAGGCGAAGGCCAAAGCGAAGGGGAAGGCAAAAGCCAAGGCUCGCGGCCGUGGAAAGAAGCAGGCUAGCGCAAGUGACAGCGAUGUGAUGGGCAGUGACAGUGACAGUGAUAGCGACAGCAGCAGCAGCGACUCCGACUGA